UCCCUCUCACUCUCUCUCUCUCUUCAGACGAAACGGGGCGUGGGUCAGCUUCGUCACGUGCAGGUUCUGCAGCUAUCCAUCCCCUGUUUGGAGGUGGUGCCUGUCGUUGGCCAGGCUGCGAGCGGGUGUUCGAUGAGUUCGACGACUUCUACAGCCACCUGCACUCGGAUCACAUCAACGGUGACUACUCAGCCGCCCAGGCUCGCAUCCAGAUGGAGGUUGUGUGCCAGCUACACCUGCAGCUGCAGAAGGAGCGAGACCGGCUGCAGGCGAUGAUACUGCAUCUGAACAAGAAGAACGAGAUGCUUCGUACACCGGCGGCCCUAUUUGGGGGUACGUUUUUGGCCCAGUUGCCAGCUAUCGCUCCACCUCCAACAUCGACAGCUGCCGCGGCUGCAGCGGCUGCGGCGGCGGCGGCAGCUGCUGCUGCUGCAGCUUCAGCCUCCUCACAGGCUGCUCCACCCACUGGCCCGUUCGAUCUGAUCGCAGGGCUUCGCUUUCCGGCUGAUCUGGCCGCAGACAUGGUGCAGGGUGCUUUUGGGGGUCGACUACCCCAUCAGCAUCAUGUCCCUGCAGUUGGCUCCUCUACUGCUGCUCAUCACCAUCACCACAAUCAGCAACAACAGCAGCAGCAGCAACAUCACCUACAGCAACAACCGUCGCUGCAUUCGCCUCCAGGUGCGGGGUCACAGGGACAAGGUGCUACGGGGGGCUCCACCGGUUCGACGGCGCCAUCCAAAGCUUCUAAGGGUGGAGGAGGAGCCGUACGACCGAAGUACUUCUCACCGCAGGACAGCGAUGAGCUCAACUACCCGGAUGUCCAGGACGAUGUCCACAAGAACCGGGAGUUCUACCGCAGCCAUGACGUUCGUCCACCGUUCACGUAUGCAUCACUCAUCCGUCAAUCCAUCAUCGAGUCACCUGAGAAGCAGCUGACGCUGAACGAGAUCUACAAUUGGUUCCAGAACACGUUCUGCUACUUUCGGCGUAAUGCGGCCACCUGGAAGAACGCCGUCCGGCACAACCUGUCGCUGCAUAAGUGCUUCAUGCGCGUGGAGAACAUUAAGGGCGCGGUCUGGACGGUGAACGAGGCCGAGUUCUGCAAACGUCGCCCGCAGAAGCUCGGCAUCAUGCAGUUCAAGUUCCAGCAACAGCAGCAGCAUCAACACCAUCCACCGUCACAGGGUGCGGGCUCGACGUCUGGACAUCCGGGCAAGAAGAAGCAACCGUCACCGGCGGCUGCAUCGUCGGCUACUUCCGUCCCGGCGGCUGCCAACCUUGGUCUCGCGCAGUCACAGUCUUCGCCGGCUUCUCCUCAGCACCAGACGUCCCACCAGCUUCCAGGUUCGCCGAGGGCUCAGGGUAGUCUAGGAGGUGCUGUUGUCGGCACGCUUAAGCCACCGCCACCGCCAUUCUUCUAUAAACGGUUCGUUUACAUCCUUUUCCAGGUCCCAACUUCCCAAUCUCCCUUACAUCCUUUCCAUUCGCACUCCUGCGUGAGGAGCGUGUCUAUUUUGUUUGCUAUUCGAUCUGACAUCGAUGUCGACCCGCAGGGAUUCUGCAGAAGGGUUUCUAACAGAGGAGGCUACUAA